AUGUUUCAGUUUUCUUGUUUAGGCUCCGAAAUUGGUGCAUAUCUCAGACUUCAUAGAGGAACGCUGUACAAGAAGUAUCCAGUUCUCUGGAGAAAAGUAGCAACUGUAGAGGAUAAAGAAAAGCUUCGACAAAUAGCGCUUUCGCAAGCUUUCAUGCACACUAACAUAAUGUUAGUGAAAGCGCAUGAGAUUGACGAAUUAUUAGCUGGACAGGAAGAGAAGUAUCGUGCUGCAGGCUCAACCCCAGCUAUUCCUCGUGUAGAUUCUGGAGUACCGAAGAGCAACAAACCUAAUUUGCCAGCAGGUUGGAUGGGACAACAAGUGAGUAGUGGCUCACAUCACUUGGAGUCAGUACCGUGUUCGUGUCCUUUAGCGCAUGCCCGUGGACGAGUGAAACCGCGCGAAUUGGCAUAUAGUGCAGAAGAUCUUGAGCAGGCAAAAAGAGUUGCGGAAAAUGGCGAACAACCAGAAGAGUUAGUUCCGAUUCGACUCGACAUGGAGUUGGACGGCGUGAAACUCCGCGAUACAUUUUGCUACAACAAAAAUGAAAAACUAGUAACUCCAGAUUUGAUUGCCGAAAUGAUGUGUGAAGAUCUCGAUCUGCCGACGAGCACAUUCCAGCCUGCUAUUGCGUCAGCAAUUUAUCAGCAGCUGGAAGCUGCGGCUGAGGCACCACCAUUAGAUCCUAACGUCACUGAUCAAAGAGCAAUCAUGAAGUUGAACAUCAACGUUGGCAAUCAAAGCCUUGUUGAUCAGUUCGAGUGGGACAUGUCUAAUCCGGAAAAUAGUCCGGAACAGUUCGCGCGAAGCCUUUGUGCAGAACUUGGACUGGGAGGUGAAUUCACUUCAGCAAUUGCGUACUCCAUUCGUGGUCAGCUUCAAUGGAAUCAAAGGACUUAUGCGUUUUCAGAAAGCCCACAACCAACUGUGGAGUGUACAUUUAGGAAUCCUGCCGAAGCUGAAGCAUGGGGUCCGUUCCUGGAAACCCUUACAGAUGCUGAGAUUGAAAAGAAGAUGCGCGAUCAAGACCGAAACACGAGGCGCAUGCGGCGCCUUAACAAGAUGUCGGAAGCUCUCGAUGUGGAAAUGGAGAAUGAAGAGACGAAUGUGGUGAAUGCAAAGUCGUCGAAGGGUCGCGGUGUUGGUCAGCCACGUCAGCGAGCUGAGAGAAUUGUCUACGACGUUGUAGACAAUGACGGCACCAGCACGGGUCCCCAGAGAUCUAUUGAGGGCUGGAUCGUAUUUGUUACAAAUAUACACGAAGAAGCGACAGAAGAAGACGUUCAGGAUAAAUUUGGGGAGUACGGAGAGAUUAAGAAUGUUCACCUGAAUCUGGACAGAAGAACAGGUUUUCUGAAGGGAUACGCUUUGGUCGAAUUCGAAACACAAAAGGAGGCAGCUGCUGCAAUUGAACGUCUAAAUGGCAAGGAACUUCUUGGGCAAAAAAUCGGCGUUACGUGGUGCUUCGUGAAGCCGCCACCAUCGAGCAAAGGGAGGAAAUAG